AUGGCUCCCUCCAUCAACGACGUCCCUGUUGGCCCGACUAUCUCGACUUCGGCACCCAAAGUCGGCAUCAACGGCUUCGGCCGUAUCGGUCGCAAUGUUCUUCGCGCAGCCCUAGUUCGUUCUGAUCUCGAAAUCGUCGCCAUCAACCACACCUGUGUCACCGUCGAGGAUCUCGUUUACCUGAUUCGAUAUGAUUCUUCCAUGGGAGAUCUGGACGAGCGAACCGAUAUCCAAAUUAUUUCUGACAACCUGAUCACCGUCGAUGGCAGACGCAUUGCACUCACCUCUGAACGUGAUCUGAAGAAGCUCAGCUGGGCUACUCUUGGUGUGGAUUAUGUCCUCGAAUGUACCGGCAAAUUCACCAAGCGGGAUCUUGCAAUGGAUCAUAUCACAUAUGGCCAGGCGAAGCGAGUACUUAUUUCUGCUCCUAGCUCAGACUCGCCGACUUUCGUGUACGGCGUGAACUCGGACUCCUAUACACCUAGUGAAGAUUGCCGUGUUGUAUCCAACGCUAGCUGCACCACAAAUUGCGUCACUCCUGUCUUGAAGGUUCUCCAUGAGACCUUCGGUAUCACACAGGGCUUCCUGACUACGAUCCAUGCUGCUACUCGCUCUCAACAAGUAUUGGAUGGGUACAGCAAGAAGAACCGUCGACUUGGACGUGGUGUUUUCAAUAACAUCAUCCCCACCACCACCGGAGCAGCUAAAGCUGUUGCUGCUGUUCUACCUGAGCUGAAAGGAAAGGUUACCGGAGUCUCUAUUCGUGUGCCAACGCCAAACGUUUCGAUGAUCGAUCUGACCAUCAGCACUGAAAAGCCUACCUCUCUUGCAGAGAUCCUGUCUGCAUUCAGAGUGGCUGCCAAAUCCAGCAUGGCGGGCGUCCUUAAAGUGACUGACGAGGAGCUCGUCAGCCAGGAUUACAACGGAAGCCCAUACAGCGCCAUCAUUGAUGCCCCUGCCUGCUCGGAGCUCAACCCUCAGUUCUUCAAAAUCAUGGCCUGGUAUGAUAAUGAAUGGGGAUACUCCAACCGACUUCUGGAUUUGACGACUUUGGUGCACACCCAGGAGGCUGUCUAA